GUUGGUCUUGGCAGACAGACAGCAGUCCACCUACACACGUCCGUAGUUUGAGCUGUUCUUCUUGGGGAUUCCCCCGACGCGUAAUCUAGGGCAGUAUCAAUGCGCUUGUCGUCUGGCGAGAUCCUGCCAGUGUGGCCUCUCGCUCUUUUUUUUAAAAAAAUAUUACGAGUUACGUAAUUCACCUACGCAAAAUUACUUCAGCCAGGCACAGUUGAAAUAUGACUGAUCGUUGUAACCAGAAGAUUCCACAAGAGAAGAAAGAUGACAGCUGAAUUGUUCAAUUCAAAAAGGAAAAACUGUGGAAAAUUUUGCUUCGCCUUCCUCUGUAGCCUCGUUUUGUGCUGAUACGUAAAGAGCAAGAGGUCAUGCUUCGACGCUUUAAAUUCACAGUGGAGAUUCUCUUUUUUUCAGGGGUGGGUUUUAUAACUGAGCAUGGAAAGUGAGGAUGACAUCUACAUACUUGGAUCAGAAGAAGACGAGGUUGACUGGGGCAGUCACUUUUUCUCUCCUCCUUCCCCAUUUCGCGCUCAAACUGCUGACACAGGUUCACAUCACGCACUGCAGAAAGCAUAUUUGGAGUUGAAGAAACGCUUUAAUGAGACUUCUCUUCGUAAUCAAACGCUUCAGCAAAGGAUAAAUCAACUUGAGACACUCAGAGGCACUGGACUAAUCAACAUGAAUGAAGACAACAUGAGCUAUAGUGCUCAGGGUGGGGCAGCAAUGCCAGGAGCUGUUGAGGCACAGAUGGCUGCAGAAGAAGGUUUUGUGACUAUGCUUCAGCGAGACCUUUUAAGGCAGAAAGCACAGGUGCAGAGGUUGUCAACAAUAGAAGUAAAAUACCAGGAUGUUCUUCGUCAGAAUGAGAGCCUGAAGCAGCAACUGGCAAGUCUUUCUCAAGCUGUUAAUGAAAAGGGAGGUAAUUCAAGUAGCACCUCUGUCAUGCAGCUGUCGCAGCAACUUCGGGAGAUGCAAGACCGCCUCCUAGCAACUAUUCAUGAGAAAGAUGCUUUAGAACUAAAGCAUGCAAAACUUUUGGAAGAAAAAGAACAGGUUGUGAAGAGUAGAGAAGAACUCAAAGUAAAGUGCCAGAGUCUAGAGAUAGAAAAAGAGAGAAGCAGUAUGGAGGGCUCUUGUUUGAGCAAUUCUUUGCAGAAGGCAAACCAAAACUCAAGAUCCCCUAAGGCUCAGAGUUUACCCUGCUGCCAUCCACCAGAGCUUUAUUUAGAAGUGACCCACAUGAGAAAAGUCAUUGACAGUCUGAAGAAAAUGGUGCUGCAGCAAAGGCAGUGCCUUGUUGAAUUAGAAAGCAAGACUUCUUUUUCAUCUGUACGAUCUAGCAUGAGUCGUUCUGUGAAGGCUAUCUCUAAUGUUGAGUUAGACAUGAUGCCCAAUGGCAGCAGCAGGAACAGUGGAAGCGAGUCAAGUCAAAGCUGGGAGUUGGUGAAUGGUGUUCAGCAGCAUGCUGAGGAUGCUAAGUUGCUGCACCAAGCUUCCAGAACAUUACCUGAAAGAGUAUCAAGCAGAGUUGCUGCUGCAAGCAACUCUGUUCAAAAUGGAGGAUCUGCUAUCAGUAAUGCACCAUCCACCGGAGCUCAGCCAGUGCGAAGGGCCAGUACUGAGGUCAUUUAUAGGAAAACAGAGGGUGACAGUCUUCGCCAAAAGAAAGUUAAAACAGAAUACAUAAGAUCUUCACAGGAUUUAGCCAAUACACACCUUGCUAUCUGGAUGGACCAUCAUUCCCAGCAACAGACUGCAGCUACUGACCAUGGUGAUAUAACUUUGCCUGACACCAGUCCUGUUCCUAUUCGUGGACACUUGGCUGGUCAUCCCCAGCAGCAAUCUCAGCAGUGGGCCACUUUACUUAAAAAGGAUGCAGCAGAUGUGCCACAUUCAAGCACCGCUCCAUCACAACCCUUGCCUUCGCAAUUUGUUCAGAAUCCACCUGUUUACUAUAAUUUGGAACGCCAGAUGUCUCCCAUUCGAGAUUUGCCUUCAUCAUAUGACAAUGUCCCACCCACCAUCCCUUUUAACAGGGUGGCGAACACCAUCAACAUGGUGCGAAAUAGUGAUGGGACCUCUCUUCAUGUCCUGAACCAAAGUGUCAUGGCUGGUGCACGAGUUUUAAGGAACAGUGCAGAUGGCUUUGCAGGCAACAGAAGUAAUGCAUUGCCACCAGCAUCUGGAAUGACCCGUGGCUCUCCUCAUGAGCACUCUGAUUUGAGCUCGGGUCAAACUCAAACUCAUGCUGUUAAUUAUCCGUAUUUGCCAUCAGAGCCUGUAGCAAGCCAAACUAACACUACCAACAGAGCAGGUGCAGACAGAAAGUGCCCAGUGUGUGGUCAAGACUUUACCCACAUUAGCAUGGAUGAAUUCCAGACUCAUGUCUUUGAAUGCUUUGAUGAUGCCGAAGACACUUCAGCUCCAGAAACUUUGCAGCCCCAAAAGAACACAGAUUCAGAGGAUCGUGUGUGUCCAAUGUGUGAGAAAGAGUUUAAUGCGUCCUUCACACAGACUGCUUUUGAGCAGCAUGUAGAAAGUCAUUUUGAUGAUACAAUUGAUCGUUUUGAGUUGCUGGAUGUCACUCGUACAUAGAUCAUACCCCAUUCCCUUGAUGGGAAUAAGAAUAUAAUUAUGCUGUUGUAGGGUUAUAUGUUGCAUCCUGAAUCUUUAUUCUUUAAAGAUUGCUCUUAAAAGUUUUGGAAUAUUUCACAAUCAGAAAUAUUGUUUGCUGUACAUACAGGAAAUCAGCUAAAGGGCUUGUUUAUUGUGGGAUUAUAAAUUACUUAUCAGCUAUUUACAUCACUGCUGUUAAUAGCUAUAAGCAUGAGUCCUUGACAGUUCAAGUCUCUAAACACUUGAAAGUUCAUCUGUAAAGUGAGAGCAACAUUUCCGACAUAAGGAUUAUUGAGCAAGUAUUAAACAGUGUCUCUCAAAGUGAGCUGAUUAAAAAUAUGUCAUCAUCUGCAAUUCUGAUUCAUUAUAGGAUUUUGUACUAAAAACUUCUGAAGUGUGUGAUCAUUUUGUUGCAUAAAUAGAAUGGAAAACCUUACAGACGGAAGAAAAGAAAUGUGUGUUGUUGAGGUUUUUUUUCUUUUUUUGGUUUUGUUUUUUUAUUCUUUUCUUGAUGUGUAAUUUUGAGUAUCCUGGAUCAUGUUGCCUUUGCUGCUAUUGUAUCUUCUCUGUAGUCAUUAGCAGCACAAAAGAAGUACUGUGUGAAGAUUUUAAAGAUGAAGAAUGAAAUCAUUAUUUACAAUUGUAAAAAUAUCUUUGAAGUCACAUAAUCUCCCUAUUUAUUCAUUUACAUUAACUCAGCAUGAAUCAUAAAAAUGAAGCACCUUGUGUAUUGUGCUGAAUAUUAAAACAAAAAAUAAAAUUAGAAAGAAGGAGAAAAGGCGUAAACAGCUUAAAAGUACAUCUGAUCAUAUGUAUGAAGAGCUCAAAUGAGUGACGUACAUAUUUUUCCCCCUUCUUCGUGUUUUUCUUCCAGGCUCCAGACCAGAUUUUUUUAACUUGACUCUGAAGUAGAAAUAUAGGCCUUUAAAAAAAAGAUUAUGUAUGUGACAUGUAUAUUUUUACAUAGCUCAGCACUAUGGAACUAUGACAAAAGAUCUUUGUGGCUAUAUGCUGUCAUCAGAAUACUUCAUAGCUUAACUGUGCACUUCUCAGUUAUAGUUUGAGCUCAAAUUGUACUGGAAUACAGGGUAUACAGUAAGGUAUAGGUAAAGUAUUGUAGGUGUGUUUUUUUAUUUUUAAAAUUUCCCAAAUGCCUGUGCAAAAAUAGUGAUUUCAUUUGCUUUCUUGUCUGUUAAGUAAUUUGUGCUAUUGACAAGGGUCAGAUCUCAGAUGGUCCAUGAUUGGAACGAUGGAUCUUAGGUCAUUACAAGUUCUGAGAUAGAAUUAUCUUAGGAGUCCAGUAAGAGUCCAGUAAAAUGUGAUUUUUAUUUAGACAUUCUGUAAUGACUUUCAUGGCAUGAAACCUGCGUAAAUUGUGAGGAAUAAACUUCAUUGCAUUUCUUUUUGUGAAGCUGUACAGGAGCAACACUUUUGUUUUGUUUUUUUAUAUAAUUAUAGAAGGCGAAUCCUCCAGGGUUUUAGAUUGAAGACAGCGAACAGCAGUGAGAUUAGACUUGCUGUUCCACUCCAUGAGUGGAAUUGUCUAAAAGGUGGUGAAUGAGAAUAAUAAUAUUUUAGCACAGUUUCAGGUAUUAGCCAUUUUAAGUCAGUACUGUGGGUAAGAUGAUGAACUGGAUCCUUAAGUGCCACUUAUUUGAAAGAACUGUUAAGUUAGUAGUAAUACUUUAAGCUCAGAUCUUUAUGUAUGGGGUUUUAUAACAAACAAGCUUUAUGGAUUUGGGAGAGGUGCAUUAUCAUCCAUAAUAAGAAGACCCACUAUUACUUUAGAGAAGGGCCGCACUUUGAGACAUAUGCUGAAAAGUUAAUUAAGAUCACCUGGUGUUUAAUUGGAAUGUAUACACCUUGGUACUUAGAUGAGAAGCAAACAAUGAGUGGACCUCACAAUGGGUGCUAGACCUAGACACUCCAGAAAAUACUGUUGUGAGACAAUGAUGUUUGUUGUAUUUAUUUUGUAAUCAGCAUUCAGUGAACAAAGGCAAUUAUCAUAUUUGUGGGUUCUAGGUAGAUACCAUUGAUACUUGGUCUUCUGUCUCUCAGGUGUGUGUGAGAGAGAUUUUUUUUUAAGUAUGGGAGUAUGCAGAUGUACUUAAAAUUCCACAUUCAAAUGGUAAAUCGCUGUACAUAUUAAAAUUUGAGAUUUCAAGUAUACACUUGACAUGAAAUUUUCUGUGGAGUGGCCUGAUGUUUCCAGAAUUCACAAAGCACAUUUACAUUUGGCAAAUGUGAUAAAUACACCAGCAGCUUUUCUGGUGUGUAACAAUGUAUACAGACAUGUCACAAGAAUUUCUAGCUGGAUGCCGAUAAAUCAGUUUCGUAGUUAAAAAGAAAUUUGAAUUCAUUAUUUUUGGGGUUGGUUGUUCCCUUCAUUUCUUCGUUUCCCGUUGUCAUAAAGCUCUUUAAUUUAAAGCAUGUCAUUUUCACCCAUGCAAACAGUUUUGUUUACUCACACUUGAUCAAAUAAAACAGAAUUGAGUGUCAUUAA